AGGGCGCGGCGCUGCGGCCCUCGGAAGAUGGCGGCAGCGGCGGCGGCUGCGGCUGCCGAGCAGCAAAGUUCCAAUGGUCCUGUCAAGAAGUCUAUGUGUGAGAAGGCUGUUGAAAGAAGGAACAUUAGUAAAGAGCAUAAUAGUAACUUCAAAGCUGGAUAUAUUCCAAUCGAUGAAGAUCGUCUCCAUAAAACGGGAUUGAGAGGAAGAAAGGGCAAUUUAGCCAUCUGUGUGAUUAUCCUUCUGUUUCUCUUGGCGGUCAUCAAUUUAAUUAUCACACUUGUUAUCUGGGCCGUGAUUCGCAUUGGGCCCAAUGGCUGUGACAGUAUGGAGUUCCAUGAAAGUGGUCUGCUCCGAUUCAAGCAAGUGUCUGACAUGGGAAUCAUACAUCCUCUUUAUAAGAGCACAGUAGGAGGAAGACGAAAUGAAAAUUUGAUCAUCACUGGUAACAAUCAGCCUAUUGUUUUUCAGCAAGGGACAACGAAGCUCAGUGUAGAAAAGAACAAAACUUCCAUUACUAGUGACAUUGGUAUGCAGUUCUUCGACCCAAGGACUCAAAAUAUUUUAUUCAGCACAGACUAUGAAACGCAUGAAUUUCAUUUGCCAAGUGGAGUGAAAAGUCUGAAUGUUCAAAAAGCAUCUACUGAAAGGAUUACAAGUAAUGCUACUAGUGAUUUAAAUAUAAAAGUUGAUGGACGUGCUAUAGUCCGUGGAAAUGAAGGCGUAUUCAUUAUGGGCAAAACCAUUGAAUUUCAUAUGGGUGGUAACAUGGAACUAAAGGCUGAAAAUAGCAUCAUUCUAAAUGGAACUGUGAUGGUCAGCACAACUCGCCUGCCCAGCUCCUCCUCUGGAGACCAGUUCAGUAACAGCGACUGGGUACGCUACAAGCUCUGCAUGUGCGCUGACGGAACUCUCUUCAAAGUACAAGUGACAGGCCAGAACAUGGGCUGCCAAAUCUCAGACAACCCGUGUGGAAACACUCAUUAGAAGAACCCCAGAGGUCAUGAAUAUGUUCAUAUCAUGACUCAACUUUUUUUUUUUUUUUUUUGAGGAUGCAUGCAAAUCAUUGUUGUUGUUGUUGUUUUUUCAGGUUGUGAUAAUUCAUUGUAAUUAUUUUAUCUGCUGACCACAACUGUAUUCAUUGUGUAAUCUCCAUAUUUAACACAGCCUCAGAGCUUAAAUUUGAAUACAUUUUAUUAAGUU